UAUUCUGGUUUUGUAGGUCAUUGCCUGUGGUCCGGAAAGUUGUAGUUCCGUAACCUGUGUUGGUUCCUAUUCGACUCGUGUGGUUUUGAAAUGUUUAAGAAAAAACAUAAUAUUCCACCGAGACCAAAGCCACCAGUUACGGAACAAAUAUUAGAUGAUAUAAACAAUGCUCCAGAAGACGAUGUUGUCUUUAUGGUCAUGACUUCUACAUCAGAUUCCUCAAAAAACUGCUCUGCUGCAGUCAGUGACACCCCUUCUUCACAAAUUGUAAUUGAGAACAUUAGUAACCCAGAAGCUGUGUACCAGAAAGUCCAAAGUUUCUUAGAAGUGAAUAGUAACUUGCAAACUGUGAUGCAAAAAUUGCAAGCACAGAAGAAGUCUCUUGUGACAAGUGAUUCUGAAUUAAAGAAAAUGGCAGAAGAUAUAAGGAGGCAAGCAACUGAUGCUUUAAAAUAACUGCAAGAAAUGUACUGGAACUCACUUAAUAUUUAACAGCACAGCCAUGUGUUAGAGAUUUGCUUUAAAGAGAGAGACAACAUUUCUGAGGUAAUAUAAGUCCAGUGAACAUCUAGACCUCCAGUUUUGAACUGGGAGUAUGGUCAAAAUGACUAUUUUUACAGCUUUUUCUGCACAUGGAAUGGAUAGUCUCUUUAAAAUUAAAAUGACUAUUUAUUUGUGUUUAUAGUGAAUGAUAAUGAGAUAAAAUUAAGUUGCCACUGCAAAAUGUGUAGAAAGGCUGAUCUAAACUAUGGAGAUUUAAUUUUAAUUUCUAUAUAGUAUGAUCAUUUUGGAGGAUAAGCUUUUAAGUUUGGUAUUACUUGUAUAAUAUUUUUAAUAAUGUUCCAAUUUGGUGCAAAACCAGAGUGUCACAACUUCCAUUUAUGAUGUUGUAUUUUAGCGUCCUGUUGCACUGAUUCAUGUCCAUGAUGUGUAUGUAUUGACUGUCUUCUAGUGCACAC